CAGGUUAUUUGGAGAGUAAAGAUUGAAAUUUCUUGCUGUAUUUUCAAGUCUUGCCAAAGAUUAUGAUUUUUGGGUGUGGACUUUGGAGUAAGUCAUCCUGUCACAUGAAUAUAUUUGGAUCUGAACCAUUCCAUUGUAGCUCUGGCUUUAUGUUUAGGGUUGUUCUCAGAAGAGUUUCUUAAUUAAUUUUGGUAGGCCUGCCACUCUUAUUCCAUGUAACAUAGAAUUUUAGGAGUUAUUAGGAUUUGAGAUUUUUUUUUUUUGCCCACUUCAACUUAAAGUUGUAAGUAUGGAAUAAGUGUGGAACUCAUCUUUCUAAAAUAAAUAAAUAAUGUGGUUUGUGGCAGUAAAUGUAUAAUUUAACAAGAGGCAAUUACUUUUCAAAUAGAAUCAGACACGUUUAGAAAGCUUGAAUAAAAAUAAUUAGAUAAUCAUUAAAUGUUUUCUUUGAUGAUUUGAAACAUUUAGCAUGACAACAAAAGGAUAAAUCCGUGAAGGAGCAAUACAUAGCACUGCAUGUGAGGGCUGAGUGAUUCAAAGCGGACAAAAGAAUAACGACCAACAUGAUUUGGCUAUUCCGUCACAAACCUGCUAUCCCAUUAGGCAUUCAGAAGGAGCAGGUUGCUACAAAAAAAAAAAAAAAGAAAAAAAAAAGAAAAAAAAAACCCCCUAGCGGGAGAAAUAGAGAGCAGUCAAUACACAAUUGACUGAGGCGCUCUGCCUAAGAGACACAAAAUAUGCGAAAACAAUAGAAACAGAUGACUUUUCAAAGCUCUCCUGGGUUCUUCCCCGAGUGGAAAAGUGUGCGUUCAUUAUUUACUCUGCAGAUGUAGAGAGAGAAAAAAUGUGUACGCAGCCUUGCUGAAUGAAAGCCGCCUUCAUUCCGUGCGGCUGACCAAUAAACUUUUCUUCUUUGUGUGAAGUUCGCCUUUGGGUUUUUUUUUUUUUAAUACAUGUUGGACGCGUCAGUCUGGGCAGGCAGAGAGGGCUGGGAAGGAGUCGCACCCUCCUCAUCCCUGUCCCCCAUGCGCACAGCUGCUGAUUUGGGUUUGGAAGAAUACUGCACAUGCAGUCGGAAAGGAGUUUGUGAAACCGACAAAAACAACCCCCAGACGAGGCUCGGCUAAAGACAAAAGCUCAAAAGAGGAAAAGAAGACGGAGAGAGUCGCCGGAGAUCUGAUUCCAAAACAGCCAGAAAAAAAAGGGGGGGAAAUCUUAACUCUUCGGAUCUACUCCAGCAUACAGAUCUUAUUCCUGAAACCAUGGCCAAUUCCACCGAAGAUUAUGAAAACUACACCUAUGAAUAUGAGGAGUACGGUGAUAUGGAAGACCUUAAAGUGGAUCACAGUCAGACGGAACCUAUCCACAUCAUCUCUAUAGUCAUCUACAUCACUUGCAUCACACUUGGCCUGAUUGGAAAUGGAGCCGUCAUUUGGGUGACGGGGUUUAAGAGCAAGAAGACUGUCAACAGUGUGUGGUUGCUCAAUCUGGCCAUAGCAGACUUUGUGUUUGUGCUUUUUCUGCCUUUCUACAUCGACUACAUUCUGAAGGACUUCCAUUGGAACUUCGGUCUGGUCAUGUGUAAAAUUAACUCCUUUGUUUCCGUGAUGAACAUGUAUGCUAGUGUCCUCUUUCUCACCGUGCUCAGUGUAGACAGGUAUGUCUCUCUGGUAUACCUGAACUGGUGUCAAAGGUAUCGCACAGCGGACAGAGCCUGGCUUGUUUGUGGCUGCAUUUGGCUAACGGCUGCCCUGCUGAGCUGCCACGCGCUGGUCUUUCGAGACAUUUUACACGUCAAUGGUAAAGUGUUAUGCUACACUAACUAUCACGUAACAAACCAGCACACAACAGCUGCUACAAUACACACAAUAUUAGUGUCCGUCCGUCUCACUGUGGGCUUUCUCUUGCCACUUAGCGCCAUAAGCGUGACGGGCAUACUUCUGUCAAUAAAAGUGAGGCAAUCCCGGGGUUUGGUUCGCAUCUCGAGCUUCUCAAAAACAGUCACAGCUGUCAUCCUGGCCUUCUUUUUCUGCUGGGCGCCAUUCCAUAUUUUCGGCUUGAUGGAGUUGUUUGUACACCACUCACUUACCAUGCACAGUAUUUUGAGAGCUGGCUUCCCGCUAGCAACCAGCUUGGGCUUUUUCAACAGCUGCAUUAACCCGCUGCUGUACAUGCUGCUUAGCAAGAAGGUGCGCCAUAUCCUCAAGGACGCGUGUCUGAACAUAACCAAGAGUUCCCUGAGAGAACUGAGCCAGUCCAUCUCCGCCACGGACGUAGAGACUAUGCAAGGCAUACAUCAGGAAAGCGUCCCAGACGAGCCAACAGUGUCGUCGACUCUGUGAGAGAAGGCUGACUAAUCACUGCUGUUCUUUCCAGCCUCAGUGUUUAGAUCUUCCCAUUUUGCUUCAUUUUCCACAAAGCUCCGCCUGCUUCAAAUGAAAAUCGCUUAGAGUGGAAAAACUCAACUGAACUGCACUCAGCAUGCCAUUAAGUAAAUCCCUUUCCACCUUUUUAUCUGCACAGAAAGAGGCCAGAUUUACAGCUGCAACUGUUUAAAGGAUUUGGAGAGAAUGGCUGCGCAAUUAUUCUAAUUAAUCAUCUAUUCACUGCAAGCAACUGACUGCUUUUACUUUUGUAAAAGUAUCUGUAUAUUGACUUUUCACUAACGGGAAAAUCUGGAUGUUGUUGAUUUUUGUCGCAGAGGUCUCGAUCAAAGGUUUCUAACAUGUUUUUAAAUCUUGAUGCAUUUCUAUCUGUCUAAUUAUUCAGAAACGGAUAACAUUUAUUGUACAAGGAAUGACAUAUAAGGCAGGUUUUUAAUUGUAGUUUGUGGCGAAAGAUUAUAGUGUCUUGAAAAAGUAUUUAUAUAAACUUUUUUUGCAUUACAACCACAAACUUCAGUUAAUUGUAUUGUAUUUUUAUGUGAUAGACCAAGUGUCAACAACCUAAAACCCAUUUCCCCCCCCUUAUUUCCACUGAAUACAUUUUGUCUUGAGCCAGAAGAACCCAUCUGAUCAUUAAUUCAGCUUGCUUCAUCAUAGAAUGCAGUCUUACAUCUUUUUAGAUUUGAGAAUGAAAAACAAACUUUUACAAAUUUAAUAGCCUUCAUUUUCUUGAAUAGAAAGUUUUUUAAUUAUGGAAAAUUCAGGGGGAAAAAAAAUCCUGAUUUGAGACCCAAAGAGAAAUAAAAAGACUACUUUUCAAAUAAUUAUGUUUCGAAAAAUCUUGCAGAUUAGAACAAAGAAAAUGGCUAAAUCCACAGUUUUUACCCCCCUAUAUUUAGAAACGGUUUGGUUUUAUAACAUGUAAGAGAUAUGCAAUAGACCAAUUCAUGUUGAAAGUGUGAACUUCUGAAAUGGAAGUUGUUUUACAUGCAUUUAUUUAUUUUUUUUAACAUCUUUGUUUUCAUGCUCCCUGUGUGAAAGACUAAUAGAGCUGUGCGUUCAUGCUGAAGUGCAGUGGAUCUAUGUGGCCUGACCACCUCCUUGCACAUUUUGUCCCCUGUAAAUCCACACCCAAUUUCAUCUAUAUCAUUUGUAUUUCUAAUCCCAAUUAUGUGCUAUGUUGCGUAACACAAAAACAUAAAAUACAGCGAGUUUUGUGAAAGUAAUGCAAAAAAAUUGUGCAAAUAUUCAAGGUAUAUGAUUACUUUUGCAAAGCACUUUUAUUCAGGUUUACUCUGACUGUUAGAAUUGUAUUACCUCAUCUAUUUAGACAUCUGCUGUAUGUUUAACAUUAUUACACAAAGGGCUAAAUAAAAAAAAAAUGUUUUAUCCAAACAUAUUUAAAGUAAAUCUUAUAUGUCUUAAUAAACAUGUUCUUCUGA